AUGACGGUUGAUGGCGAACCACAGCGUGAUCUAAACCAAGCUAGGAGAAUAGUGCUGGAGAUGAAGGAGCCACUUUGUCGAAUUCCUGAGGAUCUGCGCUCACUCCUAUCUGUAACCAUAUCGGUGUAUUGCAUUGAAACACCAAGCGCCCUCGUUUCCACCAUCAUUAAGAAUAUGCCGCCGGAGGCUUCUAUAGCGCUAGUAACUGGCUGCAGAUUCUUGGCAGUUAGAGAUGGCCCUCGAGGGAAGACGGUCACCGUUCUCUCCACAGCUUUUUUGUCUGGUCUGGACGAAAGCGUGACACAGCAAUUGUUUAUCCACGCAGAUACGUUGCUGCUCACGCCAGAGGCUCGCUCACGCAUCAGUCUCCUUCAGGACAUCAUCGAAGACCCGCCAACCUCCUUUGAAACAGUAGGCCAUAUAGCACACUACAAUCUUCGAGAGGCUCACCUCCCGUAUAGGUACUUCAUAGGCGCCGUCACCUGUGAAAAGGAGCCUGCCAUCACCACGGUUAUCACCAAGAUAGACACGGUUCAAUCGCAGUACCGUACAUACAACUUUGAGCUGAUCGGAGGAGUCCCGCGGUAUGACGUGAAGCUCGUGCAAGACGGAAUAACCUACUCAUUUAAUUACACUAAGGUUUACUGGAACUCGCGGCUCUCACAUGAGCACUUGUCACUUGCUCAGCAUAUCAACCAGACUAUCUGUCCCAAUGACCUGGUGUUAGAUGGGACAUGUGGGAUUGGUCCUCACGCCUUACUUCUAGCUAAACGUUUCAACUUUACCAAUCUCAUUUGCAAUGACUUGAACCCAGAUGCAUACAAAUCCCUUAAAAUGAAUGUUCGUAUAAAUAAAGCAGAGAAUGCCAUUACAUGCUUCAACGAAGAUGUUUCCUCCCUUCUUAGGCGAUUAUUGCCGGAAACUAACCUUAAGGCUGUUAUUUUCAGCCUCCCAGAACUCUCUAUAAAUCUGUUACAGGCUAUGAAGGGGGUCCCUGAUAUCUACUGCUUCCUUGAAUGCUUCACACGAGCCCCUCCACACCUUGCAUACUAUGAUUUGCUGCUUCGAUGCUCUGAGUCUCUGCUUGAUACUAAGGUAUGUACCGGUAUACAGCAGGCCUUAUCGGACAUAGAGAAGGUUGCAGAAAAUAAAGAGUUGAUAGACCUGUUAAUAGCAUGCUAUGAGACAUUUGAGGUCAAGGAAAUCCGGACUGUUUCAACUAAUAAAUUCAUGUACAGGGUGACCCUAAAGAUCAAUGAACAAAAGGAAACAGUAAAGGUAUUGAAAAAGUGA